AAAAAGGAAAUGACGAAGUGAAAUCUUAGUCAUUAAUGAGAUUCAAAGAGAAGCCAAAAGGUCGAUCGACGAGGCUUAUGGUUCGAAUUCGUUUAAGUAGUUCUUUCCCAACUAUUCAGAAGUGUGUCUCGUGCUACAGAAUAAGCGCGAUGUUGGACGAGAAACGACCAGCAAGGAAACGAGAAAUGAAAUGGGCGGCUAUUUUGUGGUACAUUUAUAUACAUGUCCUUGGAGUAUACGCUAUCUGGUUUUUGUUCACUUCCGCUAAAUGGAUGACCGUGAUUUAUACGUUGUUUAUAACGAUCCUUGGUUGCCUCGGAGUGACAGCAGGUGCCCAUAGAUUAUGGGCUCACCGUACGUACGAAGCCACGGGAUCUCUCAGGCUUCUCCUCAUGUUGCUUCACACCCUAGCAGGAGUGGGUUCGAUACACGACUGGGUAUUAUACCACAGGCUUCAUCAUAAGUAUUAUGGGACAGAUAAAGACCCGUACAAUCAUAAGAAAGGAUUUUUCUAUAGUCACUAUGUAGGUAAUAUAUUGUCUCCGAGUAUGGACCUUGAAGAGAUCAAACAUGAGAUCGAUAUACGCGACAUCGAGCAAGAUGGCUAUGUUUGGUUUCAAAACAAAUUCUACUGGCCAUUAUUCAUAAUAUUCGGACUAAUACUGCCAUUGAACGCGCCGCUGGAAUACUGGGACGAAUCGAUGACUGAAAGCAUACUGAUCACGGGAGUACUACGAUUCGCCAUUACGGUGAACGUAUCUUGGCUGGUGAACAGUGCACGCUUGAUCUGGAGUAUGGAAACGCAAAAAUUGCCACAAGACAACAUCAGUGUAUUCUUCCUAACGAAGUCAUUUUGGCCGAUGUAUCACUAUACGGUACCAUGGGACUGGAAAUGCGGUGAAUUCGGCAGCUACGCGGACGGUUGGGCCACGUUUUUCAUCAAAAUAUGGCACGAGCUCGGUUAUAUUACUUUACUGCAAACAACUGAUUCCGAGGAUGUUAGAGAAAUGCUUCACGAGGUGAGCAAGAAGAAAAUGACGCUUGCGGAGGGCCUUGGAAAGCUGAAAGAAAAAUCUAUGUACAACGCAAAAAGAAUGAAGCUGAUGGUUAGGAACUGAGCUGAAAAUAAAAGUGUGCCGAUUUGUCGCAGCUUAAAACGAUAAAUGUUAUUGUUCUUUUAUCGUCACUUUUAACGUUUUUCUUUACCAACGUUACUUCAUAUGAUUCUGAGCAUCGACAAAUCGUAAAAAUUAUUACUCACUGACGAAUAUGAACCUUUGUUACAUUUUGAUAAUAUAUUAAUUUUAUAAUAACAAUGAUAUAAUUUUUGAUGACAAAACCACAUAAAGAAGAAAAGAUUAUUAAACAUCUGUGAUUGAAAUUUCAUUCAACUACCUUUAGUUUGUUAAUCAUUUUGUGUAGAGAAUAAUAUAUUGUUUAAUUAGAGCAUUUCGUCUCAAUUAAAAAUUGGGAAACUAUCGAUUGCUCUAGGUUGAUCGGUGUUAGAAGAAUAAUAUGCCAAUGAAAUAUAACGAAACAGGAAUCACCAUGUGAAACAAGCUUAAAUUACUAAAUCGCGAUUCCAUCAAAUUGUAGUUUAAACGAGAUUACAAUUAAAUUCAAACGACGAAUUUAAUUUUGAAUUAAAUAAAAACAAAAAAAAAAAAAAGAAAAGAAAGAAAGAGAAUUAAGGAAAAAAUGAGAAAGUGUGUCCGUUCUAAAUGCUACAUAUUUAUCAAAAUGAAUCGUUCAGCAAACGUCCAGUUACGUUACUACUCAUGCAACGAGAAAGAAGUUAAUCAAACGAAAGAAAUGAUUACCCUGAAUGCUCUUAUAUAAUUAUCGGCAUGCUACGAAAUGGAAUAAAAUCAAUCAUUUCGUCCUGAUCUGGUAACAAAACAACAUAUAUAUUUGUCUCUUAAAAUCUGGUAACACAUCACACUUUUAUUUAAAGUUAAGAUUAAAUCUUAGAACUAAUCUCAGAUAGUUCCUUGCACAGUUAACGUCUGCGAACGGACAUAUUUGUACGUCUGCGAAAAAAUCUUAGUAUACUCGUAUGCGAGUUAUUUCUUUAUACAUAUGGAAAAAAACACAUAGAAAAAACGAGGGUGAUCUUGUGAAAAAUACCGUCAUAUAUACUUUCUUCAAAAUUUCGCACAACGUUAGCGAAAUUUGCCCCCCUCGUCUUUUUUCACACUAAUUGCUAAUCUCUAUGCAAUCUUUGAUAUCAAUCGUCUGUGUACACCGUCGUACCGCCAUCGUAACGCGAAUUCAUACAAUUAUCACACUUCUUAUACUCACAAGUGAACACCCGAAAAGCCAGUAGGGUGAAGGAAGAUAAGUAGAUGCUAUGGAAACGAAGAAUUGGUCAGA